GGCUGCGUGCGGGUUGGGAGCUGGCCCUGCCUGUGGCGGGUACCAUGGCGCUGGCCGAGCCGCGCUGGCCGCAGAACCUCUCCCUGCUGAAAGCAGUGGAUGAUUUGUUGCGUUGUGGGAUAUGCUUUGAUUACUUUGAUAUUGCAAUGAUCAUACCACAGUGUUCACAUAACUAUUGUUCCCUUUGUAUACGCAAAUUUCUGUCUUACAAAACUCAAUGUCCAACAUGUUGUGUGGCAGUCACGGAACCCGACCUGAAAAAUAACCGGAUAUUAGAUGAGCUGGUAAAAAACUUUAAUUCUGCAAGGCAGCAACUGUUCGAGUUGGUCUUGGAUUCAUCACCAGUUUCUCCUUCAACAAACUAUACCAAAUAUUCUACUGGCAAAGGUCAUGCUGCAGGUUCCAUGGUUGGUUCAGCUUUAAAACAAGACAGACAACUUAUAGACCAUUUCUUGAUAAAGGAAAACACUCAGACCCCUAAAAGGACAUCUGUAGCUGCUGAGGUGGACUAUAAAGGUUGCAACAAUGAACAAGAAACAGAUAAUAGAUGUUGUAGUUCUGCAGAGACUCAUGAUGUGGUCAAUGAAGGGAUGGCAGCCACAAGUCCCGAAGGCAUGAGAAAUCCUGAGAAACCCUCUACAUCUGUAAUGAAAGUAGUUACAAAAGUGGAUUGUCCUGUGUGUGAGGUUGCUAUUCCAGAGCAAUAUAUAAACAGACACCUAGAUAGUUGUUUGACGAGAGAUGAGAAGAAGGACAGUCUCAGAAGUUCUGGUCACAAAAGGAAGUCCCUGCCUAAAGUCGUUUACAACUUACUUUCUGACCGUGAUUUGAAGAAGAAGCUAAAGGAACGUGGGCUGUCUAUCCAAGGAACCAGGCAACAGCUCAUUAAAAGACAUCAAGAAUUUGUGCAUAUGCAUAAUGCUCAAUGUGAUUCUUUAAAUCCCAAAUCAGUUGCAGAAAUAGUGAAAGAGCUUGAAAACAACGAGAAAACUCGGACUCAACUUGAAUUUAAUAAAGCUGGUGAAAAUAGCAUGACAUUUACAAAGGACCAGACAGAAAAGGAAAUAGAUGAGAUUCACACCGAUUAUCGGAAUAAACAUAAAGGUGAAUUUCAGCUUUUAGUGGAUCAGGUAAAUAACCGAUGGAAGAAAACUGGUAAAAGGAAAAUCGAGAGCUUACAAGAGAGAGAAGCACCCACUGCUGAAGAACAGACUAUGGACACAGGAGAACAGAAUAUUAAAAAACAACGCACUGACCAGACCUUUGUAACAGAUCAGUUACCUAAAGCCGAAAUACCUGAUUCUGACACAAGCAAAUCCUAUAAUUUGGCUGAGGGCUCAGAAUCUCUUUCUCCUCCAUUCUCAGAGUCGUCGGGAUCAGCAAGGAGCUCCAGUUCAGAUAUUUUGCGAGACCUGCAAGAAGUUGAGAUGGUUUCAGAGUCAUCAGAUAAGUGAGUACAGUACAUGGAUGAAUGA